AUGGCGUCGAGUCCCGAGGCUGGCGAGCGCCUAGCGCGCAUCAGUCGCAUGCGCACGCUAUCAGCAUUGCUGGACGACGAUCUGGAGGACGAAGAACAGCUGCCGGAGGAGUGUCGGGUGCUGUUUGCGCACGUGACGGCGGCCGCGUCCAAAGACUCUAAGGACUCUGGGGACGAAGACGCGGCUCAGCUGGAGCAGGCGCGACGCAACGAGUUUCUAUGUGUCGAGUGCGAAGCACACGAGGCCGAACUCUUCUGCGAACAGUGUCACGACUACUUCUGCGAGCUAUGCUGCGGCGGCCAGCACCGCAAGGGUAACAGGCGGAAACACACGUUUCAGCCGCGUUUCCCGGCGUCUAAGGCCGCUCCGGCAGCUGAGGAGGCCACGAACGACGUGGAAAUGGAGACAUCGAGAGAUGCUGUGGACUACGAUAGCGAUGAGGACGAGCUGGACGGAGACACAAGCAGCAGUGAGGAUGAGGACCUUGAUCGCGGUAUGCAUGGCGCUGACGACCACGAUUCAGAUGCUUCUGACUCGGAUGAACAUGCAGGACGCCGUAACAUUUGUAACAUGGUGGGUCAUUAUCUGUUAGGUUACCCGUCGUCGCUCGGCCCAGCAAGACUCGCGAACGGCAGCGCGAACGCUGCAAGCGCUGAAGAUGCCGCCAAGAUGCUGGAGCGAGCCAAGUACAUCCCUGUGCGACUUACCUACGAGGAACGCAAGCUACUGCGAGCGCUGGAGGCUGCGCUGUGUGUAAGCAGUUACACGGAUAAGCUGGAUACGCCCAAGUUCCUGCCGGCAGCCAAGCGCGUGCGUGCUCAGCUACAAGAUGUGUGCGGAUUCCUAUCAGCAUUAGCAGUUGCAUCGGACUACAAGGCCGGACAGGAGGUCCUGGACGAGAAGAACUUCGCCGAGAGCGCCGAGUUCUUCCAGGAGAUCUUCGAGCUGGGCAGACGAUACAAGAUCAUGAACCCGGAGAAAAUGCGUGGUGAGUACGGCAAGCUCAUGUACUUGCUUCAGGAUGCAGUGAGCCCGGAGCUGCAGGAACUGCUCGGGUUCUCGUGUCUCCAGAAGAUUCGUACUGUGUACGAUGUGCUGGAGGCUGGUGGUGCUUUGGAUAUGCUACGUGACGCUCGUAUUGAGACUGCCACGAUGGUGGUAGCACCUGAGGGAAAAACACGCUUCCAGAUCCAGCGCCAGAUCAAGCAGAAGGAGCAGGCUAUUCGUGCUUUGAGCGACAAAUACGAGAGCAGGCGACUCACUCGUGACUCGCUCCAGCAGUGCCUGUACUCGAUCGCAGAUAACAACUACCAUUUGUACUUUGAGCGCGACCCGAUCGACCGUAUGAUCAAGUUGCUGACCACGCACUUUAAUCCAGAUGACGAGAAAGAAGACAGCUCGCUGGCCAUCAUUAGCGGAAAUGAUGGUGCUCGGUUAUCCCAUUCGCACAGUCGACAGUACAACUAUGUGCUGCAAUCGCUGACGCUUUGGCGCGAGAUCGCACACGACAUGUUCCGUCUCUGGUGUCUGACAGACGAGGAUCUGCUCGCUGACGGCACCCGGUACGAGCUGACGGAUACCGGUCAAGGUCUGCACCGCAUCCAGCCUGCGCCUCGUGUGUCGCGCGCCAUGCACGUUAUCCUCCAUUCAACACAGCGCAAUCUAGACUCGUGGGUGGGCUCGAGUGUGAUCCAUCUGGGCGACAAGAAUGUCCCCAACGCACUCAUGUUCAUUGACAAGUACACUCAAGUGGGGCAUAUCCUGCGUCCUAUUGUCAAGGCCAUCGAUAGUAUUGAGUCCAUGUGCGAGUCGUCAAAGGCGAUCCAAGGAUACGUGGACACCACGUUCGGUGGUGCUCACAAGCUGAAGCGCACUAUUCUGGCAGAUUUCUUUCGCGAGGCUUUCGACGGCAGUGGCGCUGACAAUUUCUUCGAGGCUGGAUCGUGUAUUGACGGUCGACUCACGAGCGCUUGGAACUGGUGUUCGAACCUCCACAAGAAGCCAUUCUUCCCCAUUUUCAAGAUCACGGGCUUCGUUGGGUUUGACGGCAAGUUCGGAUAG